AAAACACCACACACAAACUAAACAAAAAUCAAACGUUAACAAAGAUUAUAGAGAAGAAGAAAAAACAUGACAUACCUAACUCACUCUUUGCUCUUCUCCUGUUGCUUGUCUCAACUUAUAUCUGUGGCCAUUGCAGGAAGUAGACCUGCUCAUGGUCCAGCUUAUUCAAACCCAUCUGCAUUCUCUCCAGAAGCUUACGAUUUCUUUCACUCAAAAUCAUCACUUCCUGACAACAAUCCACCAAGAAACUCGCAUUCUUUGCCAUUUCUUUCACCUUCACCUUCACCUUCGGAGACAUCUAAUGUUGAAGCAGAUACACAAGGUAGUAAAGUUUCAUCAGACGAACACAUAGGUGAGAGUAGCAGAGAAGAAGGACGAGGAGAAACUGUUGGAAUAGUGUUAGGCAUUUCUUUCACAGCUCUUCUUUUAAUGGGAAUUUACUUUGUGGUCAAGAAACGACUAGCUAAUAUAACUCGCACGAUUGUAAUCCACUCUGAUGCUUGAUCAAGAAUAUGUCAUUGUCAAGUUA